UCGCUCACGAGCUAGCCCACCAGUGGUUCGGCAACCUGGUGACCAUGAAGUGGUGGUCCGACCUGUGGCUCAACGAAGGGUUCGCCACCUUCAUGGCGUCGGUCGGCGUGGCAGCGGUAGAACCAACAUGGCGCGCCGACCAGGGAUAUGCGGUGGAGAAUCUUAUUUCGGUGCUGGGACUGGACGCUUUGGAGUCUUCGCACCCUGUGUCGGUCCCGAUCGACGACCCGAAGCGUAUCAAUGAGAUCUUCGACGAGAUCUCGUACCGCAAGGGAUCCACCCUCAUCCGGAUGAUGACCAUGUUCCUGGGAGAGGAGGUGUUCCGGAAGGCGCUGCACAAAUACCUCGUAAAGUACUCCUACCAGAACGCCGCCCAAGACGCCCUCUGGGAAGAACUGACGGCAGCCAGCCGUCAGUACGGAACCCUGGCACGUGACGUCACCGUUAAAGAAGUUAUGGACACGUGGACCAAGCAGACUGGGUAUCCUGUGCUGAUGGUAACCAGGGAUUACAGUGAUAACACGUUGGCUGUUACACAGAAACGCUACCUCAACAUGGGUUCUCGUGGCAGCACCGACUCGUCAUGGUGGGUGCCUCUCAAGGUGCUCUGCCAGUCGGAGGCAUCCUCUCCCACGGGCGACCUGCAGUGGCUGGCCGAUGAUGAGGGAGUGAGCACGCAGCAUCGGUUCGAACACGGCGCCGGGGCGGAAGAAUGGGUGCUGUUCAACUAUGAUAUGAUUGCGCCGUACCGCGUGAAUUACGACAAGCGCAACUGGCAACUCCUAGUCGGUGCGUUGACUGGUGGAGAUCACCAUAAACUACCAGUGCUGGGCCGCGUGCAACUGCUGUCUGAUGCCUUCGCGCUGGCCUGGAAUAACCAGCUCGACUACAACACUGCUUUACAACUAGCGAGCUACCUCAAGCACGAGACCGAGUACUUACCUCUGUCCAACGGUCUAAACGUGUUAGCCAAGCUCGAGUCGGUGCUCCGCCGGUCGCCGGACUACGGCGCCUUCCAGAAGUUCGUCCGGCGGCUUAUUACUGACACCUACCGUCAGUCCGGCGGGCUGGCCGCCAAGCAGAUCAUUAAUGGGGACGACCUUAACAGUGUGAAGAUGCAGACGACGCUGAGCUCGUGGGCGUGCCGCAUGAACGUGCCGGGCUGCCAGGAGAACGCGCUGGAAUUAUUCCAGGACUGGAUGAACUCUCCUCGACCUGAUGAGGACAACCCUAUUCCGCUGGACCUCCGUCGCACAGUGUACUGCGAGGCGAUGGCUCGCGGCGGCGUGCGCGAAUGGCGCUUCGCCCUCGCGCGGGUGCAGCGCUCCAACGUGGCCGCUGCCAGAGACGUACUGCUGCGAGGCCUGGCCUGCACCAGGGAGAUUUGGAUACUGGCGCAGUACCUCGAGUGGGCGAUAACGGAAGGCUCGGAGGUGCGGCGGCAGGACGCGGCGCUGGUCAUCACGUCGAUCACGCGCUCGUCCGUCGGCUACUACCUCGCCAAGGAGUUCAUCUACACGCGCAUACAGGACAUAUACAAGGCUUUCAGCAGCCAGAGCCGCCGGCUGGGGUCCAUCAUCAAGAUCCUUCUAGACCAAUUCACCACGCAAAAGGAUCUUGACGAAUUCUUAGCCUGGUACAAGGACAACACGCAAUACUUGGAAGAGGCCAAGUUAGCGGUGCAGCAGGCCAUCGAGAAAGCCACCGUCAACAUCCACUGGCUCAACAAAAACCGCCACGAAGUCGUCGACAAACUCCGCGAGUUCUCCACGUAAGGACCCUGGCUAAAGUUAUGUGCUAGUCGAUUAUAUUAUGCUGAACUGUAAACAUACUAAAUAUUUACUAAGAUAAUACAGGAUGUCCCAGAAUGGGUGAAUCAAACUGAUAGGGGAGGGAGCUCUAU